CAUUCACCCCCUUUGCUCCCGCGGCCCCAUAUAUAUAUACAUACCUAUAUAUAUAAAUACCACAUAUAAGUCACCCGUUCGCCAAGUGUCCGCUUGCACUCCUCGUUCUUCUCCCCCUUCCCACCUACACCAGAGGAAGAAAGCAGCAUCCAAUCGUUCACCAUGAAGCCCCAAACUCUCGCUCUUGUUGCCUUUGGCCUCCUGUCUGGAGAGGCCAUGGCCCAGACAACAACCAACGGCGGCGGCGUGCCCCCCCUCAUCUCGUCCGUGUCUGCUGCCAUCUCGUCUGCUAUUGCAUCUGGCAGCGCCGCUGCUUCCAGCGUUCGCUCCGAAGCCUCUUCCAUCGCCAGCAGCCUUCGCUCUGAAGCCUCUUCUAUUCGCUCCAGCAUCACUGGAUCCGAAACCAGCGGCACUGAGACCAGCAGCACUGAGACUGCCACCACUGUGACGACUACAGGCGAGGUCACCACCACCAUCAGCACUGUCGAGUCUGCCACUACAGAGCCUGGCACGACCAUCCCCGGAACUACCAACAGCCAGACCACCGAGCCUGGCACCACUAUUCCACCAAGGACUCGCUCUGCCACCACUCGCGUCACUACCAGAACCGCUGCUACCACUUCUACCUCUACCGGCCUGGCUAUUGCUCCUACUGCUGAUGCUAAGCUGCUGGCUCCCAUCCUCGGUGCUGCCGCUGCCGUCUUGAUGCUAUAAUCACAUUGUAUCUCUGGAACUCUCCUUUCUAUUUCACAUUCGUCGGAGGACUUGAUGAUAUGGAAUGGAAGUGGGGAGAAGGGGGGCUCGACAAUUCUGACUUGAAAAGAAAAAGAGAAUUACGCAUACAUGGACCUACUAAUUAAUUGUGCUUGUCUGGCCGACACACGACGGCGUUAGUUAUUUCUUUUAAAUUGACCUUUCAGUAUUGUCGCUCUGUGCUUUUCUCUCCUUUUGGCGGGACAUUUGGUGGUAAUUAAUGGUAAUAAUGGCUGAAGUGAGGUGCUCAAAAGAAUUAAUGAUGCUUGAUUUUUGAUUUC